AUGGAUCGCAUCUGCGACGAUAUUCUUGAAGCGAUUGGAGGUACACCGCUGGUACGCUUGAAUCAUGUUGGAGCCGAUUUACCAUGUGAAUUGCUUGCCAAGUGCGAGUUCUUCAACGCUGGUGGAUCUGUCAAGGACCGAAUCGGCCGACAAAUGGUUUUGGACGCAGAAAAGGCCGGUAAAAUUAAACCUGGCGACACCUUGAUUGAGCCUACGUCCGGUAAUACUGGAAUUGGGCUAGCCUUAACAGCUGCCGUUCGGGGAUACCGCUGUAUUAUUACAAUGCCCGAAAAAAUGUCGAAAGAAAAGGUAGAUGUUCUGAAGGCCCUGGGGGCCGAAAUUAUCCGAACGCCGACCGAAGCCGCGUACGACGCACCGGAUUCACACAUAUCCGUCGCACGUCGUCUACAAUCUGAAAUCCCCAAUUCACACAUUCUGGAUCAGUAUUCGAAUCCAUCGAAUCCGAAUGCACACUACUACGGGACUGCGGAAGAAAUUCUACGCCAAACGGGUGGCAAAGUUGACAUGUUGGUGGCUGGAGCCGGUACAGGCGGGACGCUAACCGGUAUUGCCAAGCGUUUAAAAGAACACAAUCCGGAUAUUCAAAUUAUUGGUGUCGACCCAGAAGGUAGCAUCUUGGCCAUUCCGGAUUCUCUCAAUGACAAACGUCGUUUGGAAUCGUAUCACGUCGAAGGCAUUGGCUACGAUUUCAUUCCCAACGUUCUUGAUCGCAGCGUUGUCGAUCAUUGGUACAAGUCCAAUGAUGCCGAAAGUUUUGUUGCAAUGCGGCGCUUAAUUCGAGAAGAAGGUUUACUCUGUGGGGGUAGUUGUGGUGCGGCCGUCGCGGGCGCGCUCAAGGCUGCGCGAAGCUUGAAAGCUGGACAACGCUGCGUCAUCAUUUUGCCCGACUCUGUCCGCAAUUACAUGAGCAAAGGUCUCAAUGACGAUUGGGUCCGUGACAAUGGAUUCGCGGAUGGAAAAAUUAUCAAGGCCAAGUCAUAUUCUUCUUGGUGGGCCACGAAAAGAGUUUGUGAUUUAAAUCUCAGCAUUCCUUUGACAAUCACCAGCGAUGUCAGUUGCAAGGAUGCUAUUUUGCUGUUAAAACGAGAGGGUUUCGAUAUGGUGCCAGUCUUAGACGACGGGAAUGUCGUGGGUGUUGUGACGGAGGGUAACAUGACGAGCAAGUUGCUAUUAGGACGAUGCGAUCCCGAUACGUCGGUAGCGGAUGCAGGUGUCAUCUACCACACGUUUCAUAAGUUCAGCAUGAGCGAUACGUUGGAUGAGUUGGCUCAAGCUCUGGACCACGAUCCGUUUGCUUUGAUAGUGACGGAGCAACUCAGUGGCAUCGUUUCCCGGAUAGACUUGCUGGACUUCAUUAGCUCAGACGCCAAGCAUGAACUUGAAAAAUAG